CCCGCCGUUUGCAUCGGCCUUUUUUUUUUUUCCCCUCUCCUCCGGCUUUGUUUACCUUAUAAGGAAGGUCAACAUUACAAAGUCGAGAGUGCCUGUUAUCAUCCCCUGGAUUUCGACAAAUAGUUCCCUGAACCAGAACGUUCCAUGUGAAAGAUGGCUGGGCAUUCAAUCUUGCUGGCUGCUGUCUCAGUCCUGUCGGCCUGUCAACAAAGUUAUUUUGCUUUGCAUGUAGGAAAGGCAAGAUUAAAAUACAAAGUCACACCCCCAGCAGUCUCUGGGUCACCAGAGUUUGAAAGGAUAUUUCGUGCACAACAAAACUGUGUGGAGUUUUACCCCAUCUUUCUGAUUACAUUGUGGAUGGCUGGAUGGUAUUUCAAUCAAGUUUUUGCUACUUGUCUGGGUGUGGUCUACAUUUAUGCCCGUCACCAGUAUUUCUGGGGCUAUUCAGAAGCAGCUAAAAAAAGGAUCACCGGUUUCCGACUGAGUCUGGGGACUCUGGCUUUGCUGACGGUCCUAGGCGCCCUGGGGAUUGCAAACAGCUUUCUGGAUGAAUACCUGGACCUCAAUGUUGCCAAGAAACUGAGACACUUCUGACGUUACCCCCUCCCUUUGCCCAAAUGCUUGCAGAAGCUAUUUCCACCCUGAAGGUCAUGUGCGGUCAAUUGAUCAAUUCUUUAAAAGAAGUCUUUGUUUUGUUUUUCCUGAAAUGGCUUUGUAGGAACAUGCCCAUUAGAGAACACAUUUCCUGUUUAAGAAUUAAAGUCCGCCCUGAGGGGAGAGAGCCACAUCCUCAGUGGAAGUGCACGGGCUCUGGUUCUGGAAGCGCAUGCUGAAGUCACGAUUGCUUAUGCACCCUGACCGUGUGCUGGGUUUUCUAUGGGGCCACCAUCGUCCCCUGCCUCUGAUGAUCGUCCCACUUCUGUCUUGAUGGAACGUUCCAGACAGAUGCUGAUAAGGCAGCCGUGCUCACUUCAUUGGUCGUAGGAGAGCAACAGAUGGCUGCACAUGGGGGACGUCAGGCAAACACGUAGAGUAGCCAGAGAAGAGAGUCAUCAACUAAUAGCACAAAACAAAUCUGGGUACGAAAUUUACUUUUUAAAGAAAAAAGGAAGAAGAAAAAAAGGGGGAGCAUUCAUUUUUAAGGAACCAUUCAGAGACUAGUGUGCAGUGGAUGUCCUUGCCCCUGGCCAGGGGAAGGAGGGGCACGGUCACAGCUAGAGCUGGGUUCCGCUGUACGUCCUGCGUCCCAUGCGGUUUGGGGUCGGCAGCUGUUGUGACCCUGCAGUGCGGUCACGGUGUGGCACAAUGCAAAUGACCCUCCUUUACUUUCUUCAUCUUCUUUUUCUUCUUUUUUUUUUAAGAUUAUUUAUUUGAGAGAAUACACAAGUAGGGCAGCAACAGAGGGGAAGGGAGAAGCAGGCUCCCCGCAGAGCAGGGAGCCCGAUGUGGGGACUCGAUCCCAGGACCCUGGGAUCAUGACCUGAGCCGAAGGCAGACGCUCAACGACUGAGCCACCCAGGCGUCCCUGCUUUCUUCAUCUGUAGGCUGGGAAUGAGUUCACCUCACAGUCUUCAGGGAUGUUAGGAAAAUGGAAUUAUGAGCACAGAUAACACAUUUUAACAUCCGGAAAAGGGCUCUUUGUCCAUUUUUCUAAAGAAAUCUGGACAGCCUCGAGUCUGUUAUGGGCAUCUUCAAGAAGCUGUUGACCGGGUGGGUACAAAGGAAGUUUUAAAGACUAUGAAUACUAGGAAAAGAAAUAAAGGCAAUUAAACACCAGCGUUUCCAGAAUAGUGGGGAAGAGAUGACACCGCCCUGCACCCCACGUAGCAGUACUAAAUAUUCACGAAUACACUGAGAACAUAACGGUCUGGGGAUAGGGCUAUCAGGAUCCUACUCAAUGGCUGUUUGCCUUCGAGUAAGGCACCUCGACAGUAGGGGCCGGGCAGUGAAGAAGCGAAGACCAGAGCCCGGCAACACGAACCCUCUUCUAGGACGUGCUGGGCCUCCUCCCGCAGCUCUUCGCGGCUCUCGGCCUCCGUUUUCCUUGGGUAAAAUGGGCCUUUACUCACUCUAAAAUGCUGUGUUUCUAUGGCCUUUUGCUUGUUAGUAUUCUGAUCAGUUACGGUGACUUGUAUUGUGACAUUUAAUUGUUUUACACAUUGAAGACAAUAAGGAAGAAAGAAUGCAAAUUUUUGACCCCAAAGAACAAUUACUGCAUAAUCAUAUCCUUCUGAA